UUUUCUGUUUGUUUUUGACUGUCGACUUGCCGCCGUAUGGGCGAGGACCGUCUAGCGUUCGCACAGGAUCAUCGUUCUUUGCCGAGUGCCUGCGCGUUGGACGUGUGUGUGUGUGUGAUCGCGUGCUGGCAGGGUGUCGUUCUUGCGUCGUCGAACGCAGCGUCUACCGUCGGUUCCUCGUCGUUUUCGACCGGGGUUCUGGAUUGCGCGAUGAGAAAUGGCGUCGGACCGUAACCGUAGCCGGUCGCCGACCGCCGUCGACGACUUCGCCACGAGCGUUUGGUCAUGGGCGAGCGUCGCUCUAAGGUUUCCCGAAGCCGUAGCGCGUUCAGCCUGCGAGGUCCAAAGUGCGGGAACAGUAACAUGAGGACGGGCUCCUUGGGCUCCAACUCGCGGGCGCCGAAUCCCGGCAUGGGCUCCAGCGGGCCUGUGGUGGAAGUGAGCAAACACGCCAGCCGGCUGGCCACGUUGAGCCGCCUCUUCAAGCCCUGGAAGUGGAAGCGGAAAAAGAAGAGCGACAAGUUCGAGCAGACCUCGCGCACCCUGGAGCGGAAGAUAUCGAUGCGAGCAACGAAGGAAGAGCUCAUACAGCGGGGGGUGCUGCUCUCUGACCGGGAACUCGGCAGUCCCAGUCAGAAAGACGGCUCCCCCUCCCACCAUCCCCAAGCCAACGGAGUCCUUCCCACCGGCGGGGGGUCAGACAAUAGUGGGUCCGUGAUAUCCUCGCCCAAAAACGACAGCGCGGGCACAGAGACGGGUUCCACAGCAGCGGCACCCCCGAUCCUCCUGGACAUGAGCUCGCUCCACGUGGCGGAGUACACCCCGGGCAGCGGAGGAGGAGGAGGAGGUGUAGAGCGGGGGGAGGGAGGGGUGCCCGGCCCCCCCCUCUCCGUGGGGGCCCCAACCGGGCUGGAGAUGCUGACCCUUUCCGCGCUGCCAGAGCCUCCUAUAGCAGUGAGCGAGAUCGGGCCCAUCCCGCCCCCGCCCAUGUUCUCCAAUCCCUCGCCCACGCUGGGCCUGCGUUUCGCCGAAGUUGCCUCGAGCCUGAACCUGCGGUUUGCUGCGAUGGCGGAGCGCAACCGGCAGCUUGCCUCGCAGCAAGCCGCCACAGAGCAGCAGCUGCAGUCUCCGCUGCAGCAGCAGCAACAGCACCACCACCAGCUGCAGCAACAUCAGCACUCGCAGCAGUCUCAGCAGCAGGCACCCCAGUUCCGCCUACCCCCUCUUCAGCACCAUCACCACCACCACCAUCAUCACCCACCGCACUACUCGGAAGAGAACGGUGCGGAAGACGACGACGAUGACGACGCGGCGACGGCCACGAUGGCGGACCGCCUGCAGCCGGCAGACGAGGACGGGAGCGGGGACGUUGGGGACGGGGCCACGCUGGUGGAGGAGAUCCCGGCCAAGGAGCCCCCCCAGAGCUCGGCGUUGCCGCGCAAGAGUGCCCUCAAGAAGCAGCAGCAGGCAAACGGGGUGGGCCCCCCUCACGCGACACAGCAGCAGCUCUCGGCGGCCAGGCACGGGCUGCGUCCCACGCGUGGCCAGGGAGGCUUGGGCAGCCCCCAGUGCCCCCUACCCCCUCCCCCCGCCCUGCGGCUGACGGACUGUGACAAGGAAAAUAGCCGGCCAGGGGACUCCGACUCGGACUCGGACGACGACGGUCCCAUCAACUGGAGGGACUACUACGGCGAUGACGAGCAGGGUCGCCUGGCGGCCAAGAUCGCCCGCAAGGACUCCCUAGCCCUGAAGCUUGCCCAGCGUCCGGACCGGCAGGAGCUCAUUGACAAGAAUAUCCUGCUCAUGCAGUCGGACAGGGAGCGUCAGGAGUCACGGGAAGCCGUCGGAAACAAAUUAACAAGGAGGCUAAGUUUGCGUCCGACGGUGGAGGAACUGGAGCAGAGGAAUAUCCUGAAACUUCAGACUGCUGAAGAGCUCAAGAAGGAAAAAGAGCAAAAGAAAAAAGUGUUGAUACGAAAGCUGAGCUUCAGGCCCACCAUCGAAGAGCUGAAGGAGAGGAAGAUCAUUCGCUUCAAUGACUACGUGGAGGUGACUCAGGCGCAAGACUACGACCGCAGGGCAGAUAAACCCUGGACUAGGCUCACGCCCAAAGACAAGGCGGCCAUCAGGAAGGAACUGAACGAGUUCAAAAGCAUGGAGAUGCGGGUCCACGAAGACAGCAGGCACCUCACUAGGUUCCACAGGCCGUGAGGAACUCCCUGCGAUUAGCCGGAAGUCGAGCUCGGAAUCGGGGGUGCCUAUCUUUCUCCCUUUCGCUCCCUCUCCUCUUCGAAGGCAGUGGUAACGGUGGGCCCCGCAGAGACAUGUUUUUGGGAAGCUCGCACCCCGGGCCGCCGGAACCCCCGACGCAGGUGGCAGCCAACCUCGAGCAACGAGACGGCACGCAUCGCCCCGCUGUCGGCAACUUUGUUCCGGGACCCAAUUCGACAUUGCAAAGAGAAGCUCGGAGGGCGAGAAUCGCGCAGGCGCGCGACACACUCUGCUCUCCGUGCCGUCUGCAGUCGCCGUGGGUGUCCGCGUUGACCGGGCUGGACUCGGCAACUCUGGUUUACCGCACGCGCACCAUUGAGAGGCGGUGGUUCUCGCGUGCCACGACUUUGUCGUCAUCGUCUGCUCGACGGCGAAGCUUUCGCAGCCCGUGCAACGGACUUCGUCAGGCUGCAAGUUCUCCGACACAGUGCUUUGCCGGUGUGGACUUUGGUUGGCACACUGCUUGGUCAACCGAGAGCUUCGUCAGCACAGUGCUUCGCUGGCGGAGACUUUCGUUGGCGUGCCCCUUCGCCGACCGGGAGUUUCGUCAGCCGGCAAUUUGUCGCACCCGGUUUAGUCUACUUGGGCAACGGUCGUUUGGAUUGUCUUCUGUUGGCAUCCGGACCCCCUGUGGCAGGUGUGCCCCUCGUCUUGAGCCAAGAAGUGGUGUGUCGUAUGGGCCACCCGUAUUAUUUUCGUGCGCGUGCGCAUGUCUAACGUCUGUCCAGCUCCUGGCGCCUUUUACCGGCAUUCCCUAAUGUGUUGUGUUUUUCUUGUUUUUUUUUUUUUUUUUUCCGCGCCAAACGCACCUGUGCAGUGCUCUUUUUGGAGCCCAUUGUCCGGAGUGCCAGUAGUUUCGCUCGAUUCGGUAGCGUAAAGCCGUUUCUUUUAGCCCGAAAUAUUUUUAAUAGUCUUUGUUGUCCUUUUUUUUUUUUGUUUUUUUUUUUGACCAUGUGUUUUACUUGUAUGGUUGUUUCCGGUGUAUUUAUGUUUUUUUACGAAGGAAACUAAGGAAUUGAACUUUGGGAAAGUGAUUCGAUCGACGGUGCGAUUUGGGUACCACCGUCGUCGCGGAGGGUUCUCUUUGUUCUCCGUAUUCUAGGCUGCGGUCGUCCCCAACGAGAUGCCCCCUUUAAAACUUGUGCCGUGCCCAACGACAAAUAGCUUUUUUCCACUGUUGAAUUGUUUGUUUGGUUUCCUGAGUACCGCACGCCGUUUGUCGGUUACUUUGUGUUAUGGCAGCUCUAGUUGCAUUUUUCUAGUUCUCAUAUUAGAAAAAACAAAAGUUGUUUCCUGUUGCAUUAUACCAGAAGCCGGACUCUUUUUAGAUGCAUUCAUUGCGGGCUACAUGUUCGUAAGGAGUUUCCCUCAGCGCUCGUAAAGUAUAGUGGCGGUCACAGCACGGUCACAGGCGGAGAUCCGCUCAAACACCGGAUACCGAUACUCUGCAAUGCCGCAGAAAAAGCUUGGCAGAAAAACAAACUCCGUUUUAGUGGGCUUGGGGACGCGAGUAUUUAACGACUAGUGCUGUCCAGAUAGCAGUAUUAAUUCUCUACUUAAAAUAGUUUUCGUUUUAAUGUGUUUCCUUCGCUCGAUGGCAUGGCACUAGACUCGAUAGGUAGGGUGGACAUUACUAUGCAACGAGAUGGAUUGUCGCCAGGAGAAUGCGGUUCUCUUCCUCUCUGAACUUGUCGGAGCCGAACAAACUGCAGUGUCGUCGUUUUGUCGAGAUGUCUUUGUUUUGUCUUUGUUUGUUUUCGUAGGAGCAAGAAGGUGGGGUGUCAUGUCAAAGCCAGUUCACAUGCGGUUUAUGGAAAGGGAUGUACAGAUGAGAGGAUAUUUCAUUGCACAUGCCAAAGCAUGAAGACGAACUUGCAAGUUGAAGGCUUGUUUUUUUUUUUAUUCUCGCUCUGUUUUAUUUUGUUAGAGUAGUGUCGGUCUUUCGUGUAGUGUUUGUUCUGUACAUAGGACUGGGAAUGACAGUGUACAUACUGUAUAUGCAGUCGGUUUAUUUUUGUUUUUAUGCGAGGGAAAAGGGGGGCUGGGGGCAGGAAAUUGCCUUCUGAUUUGUUGCAUGUGAAUAUUUGUUUAGGCAAAUCUUGAUGGGACUUUUUUUUUUUUUUUUUUUGCGGUUCUACGGUGCAGUGAAGUCUUCUAUCUACUACGUUGUCUGCGUUUGUUGGCAGACCGAACGAAUAGAAAUGCAGUUGACUGAAAUAAAAAGUAUAGAUGUUGAAUCGAUUUUUGUUUUGCACAUGUUUAUAUUAUUUUUUUGUUUUGUUUGUUUCUAGUUAUUGUCGCUACAAAUUAAUUUCUUAUUUUGUUGGUGAUCUCAGUUACUUUCAGUUGUCUUUGCAUGCUUGGGCCAUAAAUUCUGAAAUUUAAUUGGAUGCUUUGCUGCAUCUGGAAUAAAAAUGAAAGUAAAAAUUAAUUCUGCUUUGCAGGAUUUUUUUUUUUUUAGAGUUUUGUUUGUAUAAGAGUACAACAUGUUGCCAAGCAUAGUCUGUCAAGUGUAUACGCUUCUGGACACGUCUCAUCGUGGCGCUUGCUGAUCAUCCAAACCUCGCUUCCGUUUUGGCUGGGGUGUACGUUGAAAGACGCGUAGCAUGACAAGACUAGACUGCUGACUGCUCAAUGCUGUCUCAAACUUUCAGCUGCAAUGCCCAUUUUGGGCGGUGUUCUAGCUCAAGCUGAGCCUUGAGUGUUCCAACAUCUAAGCGGUGCCUUGCGCCGCCACCCGUUUUUAGGUUUAGCCGGUCGGUUCUAGAGUGUCGAGACCCCGUCGUCAUAGGACGUGUUGGCUGUUGAAAGCUUUCGCGGCAGAGUUAAAUUUUUUCAAUUCUUUUCUCAUCUGCAAUCACUCAUUGUCCCAGAAACCUGGAAAUAUAACUGGCCGUAGAUUUUUUUAUGUUUGUUUAUAAAGAUAAUGGCUGAAUGUUUUUUUAAUAUUUUGAAAUAAUGGAGUAUUUUGGUCAUUUUUAUUGAUCAUUAUUGGUAACAAAAUCUCGUGAAAAAUUAAGUACAAAUCAAAUUUCAGCAAAAACAGUCCUAGCUGGAAAAAUAUUUUCAGAAAUCUGUGUUUGGUUGACCAGAAUUUGUAUUUUGCCAGUUGUUUUUUCUGUCUUGAUAGAUUUUGUAUUUUUGGCACCAACUGUUCUAUUAUUCGUUGGUCCCUAUUGCAUUUUUGGCACCAACAGAUAUUUUAUCUGUGUUUUCUUGGUUAAACCGGAAAGUCUACGGCCUAAAUAUAACUUGCCACCCCUUAAAAAUUGGAAAAAAUGUACUGCUUGGUGCGUGGCGUUAUGAAAGCUUACUUAUCGGGGAAAAGGGAAACUUGGAAUUGUCCCGGAGGUAUGUUUUUCAGGGGAGAGGCAUCUUUUGAGAACUGCAUUUUUUUUGCACAUGAACUGGGAGAGCAACUUUUUGAAGGCUCUUCGUUUGUAUGCCGUCUAUAUGUUUGAUUUAAGUAGAACUACUCGGUCGUCAACCUUGCAGAUUGUUUGACUGGUUUGCGCUGCUCUUUCCCCUGUGUACAUAUCGUAACUAGCAGCAGCCCCCAUACAGGCUGCUUAGGCAGGCGAUGCAAUGACUGUAAUAUGCAUUCUUCAAAACUCUUAACGCUUCGCAACCUACGUUUCAUCGAAAGCUUUACGUUGCAACGUCUUUCGAGGGCGGCGCGCGCAUGCGGAGUGUGCGGAGGGAGUGUACAUACCACUGUAAAGUCAUGUACCUAGUGUAUUCGUAUAACCCGGUUUCUGUACAUAACAAGACGUGUAUGUAUGUGCUUUAGCAGACGGGCUGCUGAAAAAAGUUGUUUCUGGAGUGCAGAAGUGUCGAUGCGUUUGCACAUGAUGCCGCGCACAAAACAAGACCAAUCGAAAGCUAGUUCGAAAUGUGCACAUUUGAGAGCCCCGAACGAUAUGCCUUCUCGUCGAGAACGUUUGUUAACGAACUGCUCUGGCUGCAUCCGGUGUAAAUGGUCGCUUUUGUAACAGGAAGAUGGCGUUGCAGGGCGCUGUUGGUUUCUGGGGUAAAUGCACAACUUUCAGUAUUACAGACUGUUCAUUUUUUUUUUCUGGAGGGGUAAGGGAAAGAGCUUAGUUAGGCCUACAAGAACAACAUGACGACGAGCUUUUCAUGUGUGAUCUAGGAGUCGUUUGAUGAGGGAAUGGAAGAAGGCGGUCAAUUACCAACGCGCAACUCUCUCCGCUGCACGUUUUGCCUUGCAGUUCUGAGCGAGUGAGGCUGUCUCCUAGGCGACGAGAAUGUUUAGCUGUAUACCUCGCAAUUCAAGUAACUUUAGAAAAUUUCUGCAUUCAAUUACAAAAUUAUAUUUUGAGCCGGCUUUUUUUUUCUUCGUAUUUUAAAGGUGGUUUGUAUUCAGACAGAGAGCGGCGACCACGAAACCUAUUUUGGCAAGCACCUAGUUGGUAGCUGAUCCUCCUUCCUGCUGAAUGGGCAGGUCUUUGGCAUCGUCUCAGGGGUCACCUAGUAGUGCCCUCUAGUGGAUGGUACUGCCUGUUGGCGGACGAUGGAAUGUUUGUUUGAAUGGUGAGAUUUGGAGGGCCCUGGAACCCCCAUGCCCAAUUCUUCCCUCGACUCUCGGACAGGGUCUGUUGUAGUCGCUGUUUCGACGGCUGAAUAAAGAGGGUCUGAUCCAAG